AUGAAGAGGACACCGACGAAGCAGGCGAUUCAAGACGCUUUCCAUGGAGCCUCCACACGGAGGACAUAUUUGACAUACCAACGCCAGUUCGAGGCGUACUGUGCUCGGUACAAGAGCGGGCUCAACCCUAAAGCCGCCACGAUCGAGGAUGGCACGGACUUCCUCCAUCAACUGUACAGUUUGGGAAGAAAAGCCCGCACCGAAGACUCCGCGAAAACCGCAUUGAUGUCGUAUUUCAAGGAGAGCAACAUAUCCCCCAACCCAGCACAAGACACACAUGGGAAGCGCUACGUCAUUGGUUUGCAGAAGUUCAAUCGGCAGAAGAAUGUUGACGACGAAAAGAAGGCCCACCCCUUGACUGUUCACGAGUUGUCAACUUUGAUGAAUCUCUUUGCCAACCACAAUCCCUUUGUUGCAGCCAUGUUUCAGAUUUAG